AUGACAUUGAGCGGUUGUUUUAUCAAGAAAAUGAAAAGAACUUUAGUUAUAAAACUAGUUAAGUAAAAUUCGAAGUUCUUGAAGCAAAAGCUCUAGAUACCACCAUAGCAAAAAAAUCUUUCAAAAAGUAUAAUCUAGUUGAACUUCAGCAGCUGGGUCAGAGUUUUGAUUUUGUUGUGA